AUGGGGAAGAUAGAAACUAUUGUUGUUGCAGAUUACUCCGUUGUUCGUUUUCAUGAUGAUGUCGUUUUAUACAUCUGCAACCUGAUACAUUACAUGAAUACGAUUUAUGCUCAUGAUGCUCUGAAGCCGUUCAAAAUCAAUAUCGUCCUAAAAGAUGUGAUUCUUGAGCGGGAUAGAAGACGCAGUGAAAGUAGGAUCCACCCAAACAAUGCUGAUAGAUCACUUGGAGAAGUGAAGAACUACGCCAGUCAGAUUUACAACCAAAGAAGGCAGGACCAUCUUAUUUAUCUGACAAAAGAGUUUUUCGGUCCAGCUGGGUUUGCUCCUGUGAAAUCAAUGUGCAGAGGCGGUGAUGCUUCUACUCUCGUCCACGAAGACGGCUUUCAAAGCGUAUUCGUCAUGGUCCACGAAACCGGUCACAACCUUGGAAUGGAGCACGACGGCGAGAAUCAGAACAUGUGUGGAGACUUCACCCACCAAGGGUCAAUCAUGUCUCCGCUUGUUCAAUCGAACUUCAAGACUUUCACCUGGUCUCACUGUAGUCAAGCGUACCUACGGAAGUACAUGCGGGAGUUCCGAUGCAUAAAUACGCAACCAUCGAGCUCGUAUCGAUCAUGUGACUCUGGGACGCAGCGCGUUUAUACUCUUGACGAGCAGUGCGCAAUGGACUUCGGCAAAGAUUUCUCCCUUUGCAAAAAUUUUAUCGACCACUGCGAUGCUCUUUGGUGCUCGAGUCCGAUGAAUCCUACCUUCUGCAGAACAAAAUCAAAAGCACCACCAUUGGAUGGAACACCUUGCCGAGGUCCGGAUCCGAGGAAAGACUAUCAUUGUUUUGGUGGAAGAUGCAUUGAAGAGCCAAACGAAAAUGGAGACAUAGACGGUUCUUGGAGCAACUGGGGCAGCUGGUCGCAGUGCUCUGCAGGUGGUGUUACAAGAAGGACUUGCGGAUAUGGAGCACAGAAUCGCAGAAGAGCGUGCAAUAAUCCAGAGCCACAUGGACGGGGCAGACCUUGCGAAGGAGAAAGCUUGGAAACGACAAUCUGCCGCAUCGGUCAUCCUUGCCCGCCAGAACAGGACAAUCGCGCUGCUGAGUGUCGAGCCACAAGUCUCAAUCUUCUCCCCGCUGAAUCACCUUCCAACGACCAGUGCAAGCUCUUCUGUCGAGAUGACAAUCAUCGAGAGCGCCCGACAAAUCAACUCGUUUCUCAUGGAACGCCUUGCUCAUAUGAUGAUCCGCAUAAAUUCUGUAUUUUUGGAAAAUGUGAAAAUUAUGGAUGCGACAUCGGAGGACAAAUGAAGUACUACAACGAGUGCGGGAUCUGCGAUGGACGAACAAGUGAUUGUACUUUUGUCGAUCAAAAUGUUCGCAAAACGAAUCGCCAAUCUGGAGUUUCGGUGAAACGCGUUUACACGAUUCCAAAGGGAGCAUAUAAUGUAGCGAUUCGGGAGGAAAACUCGAAUAGUUACUACACCGGGCAUUUCUUGGGACUCAAAGACGCCCGUGGAACUUUCUUAAUCAGAGGAGAAUACGUGACGAAACCUGGCGUUUUCAGAACAGAACACAACGUUGUUCAUGGAAAUACACUCUGGAAAUAUCAAAAUGUUCACACUCAAGAUGUUUUGGAGACAAAAGGGCCCACUACUGAAGAGUACACUCUUUCAAUGAAGCUGAAGGAAGCAAGAAAAACUUACAAUAUCAAGAUAACGUAUGCACUCAAAGGUCGAGCUAUCAAGCCACCUCCACCUCCGUCGAGGAACAAUCAGUGGAACUACCAGUGGAAACAUAUGACGCCAAAGAGGGGAAGGUGCAGUGUCGAAUGUGGAAACGGACACAAGACCACUCGUGUUCGCUGCUUCAAAUAUCGAGCUCGGCGUCGAGGACGGCCUCGACGUCAAAAAGCAAGAGCGUCGGAUUGCAGUGCUCAUCUUGGAAGACCUCCGCCGCAGAAGAGAAUCCCUUGCGUUGGGACAAACUGUAAAUAUCAGAAAGGACCCUGGAGCGAAUGUCUCAAUGGAGUUGGUGAUGCAUGUCGAGAGCAGACCAAAUACAUGCAGGUUUUUACUCGGACAAGGACUGUUGAAUGUAGAAAUAUGCGAUCGGGAAAAGUUUAUCCAGAGACUGCGUGUCAGAGUCAGCCGAAACCUCCGACAACAGAGACAUGCGCCUCUGAGAAUAUCCCGGAAUGUCCUGGAGAGUGGGAAUAUGGACCAUGGUCUGAUUGUCUAUGUAACAAUCGCGCAACUUGUAGUUGCGAUGGCAUGCGACGAAGAAAGGUAACUUGUUCCGCAUCGUCUGAAGUUCUCUGUCGCGAUAUGAAGCCGUCUACGAGCGAGACUUGCCGGGCUCCAGAUUGCACCACAACUUCGCAGAGCAAGUGCGUUGACCAGACUGUCUUUUGCGAAAUGGGUACGGAUCAACUCAUCGAGUACUGUCAGAGUCCAAAGUUUAUUGAAAUCUGCUGUGCAAAAUGUCGAAAUUUAGGAAGCAGAGUCAGAGCUGCCCAUGUUGCUGUUUUUGACGAACGGGAGUUCGACUUUUCGAAAUUGGAAAAGCCGGGUGGCUGGCUCACCUGGCCAUGGGGGCGUUGCGAGAUGCGUAAAGAUACAUCCCAGUGCGAGAUGAGACGCACGGUUCAAUGCGAACGCGAUCAUUCGUCGAGGAAAACAAGGAGGAAAGCGGAGAAAAAAGACAGAUCUAUUUUGAGAAGCCCUUUAACAUACAGGAAUGACAAUAGUUCAUGUGACGAAAGUCUACGCCCAAUGUCGACAGCGCCCUGUCCGUGUUCGUGA